CUCCGCCUCUGCGCAGAAGAUGCUGCUGCUUCAUCCAGUCACGCACUGAAUCCGGAUCCUUGGCGGAGCUGCGUCAGGUCUCUAGUCCAGGAUCCUGGUCCUCCUUCCGUCUCCUCCUCACCUCCUCCUCUCUGUCUUCCUUCAACAUAAAGAUGGAGCAGGCAGCGCUCAUCUAGUCCGUGUUUCCUCUGACUGUCUGGACUCGGAGCUUCAGGAUGAUGUCCUCCUACUACCACCCCGCUAAGGAGGCGGACAUGGCUGCCAUGACGGAGCCGCUGUGCCUGGAGAGAGAUGUGUGCAGGGUGAUCGAGCUGCUGGACCGGCUGCAGCGGAGCGGAGAGCUGCCUCCUCCCAAGCUUCAGGCCCUGCAGAGAGUCCUACAGAGCAAGUUCUGUGCUGCCAUCAGAGAGGUCUACGAGCAGCUUUAUGACACUCUAGACAUCGUUGGAGGACCUGAAGUGCGAGCACAAGCAACUGCCAAGGCCACCGUGGCAGCGUUUGCAGCCAGCGAGGGCCACGCACACCCAAGGGUGGUGGAGCUGCCCAAGACAGAGGAGGGCCUGGGCUUCAACAUCAUGGGGGGCAAAGAGCAGAACUCCCCCAUCUACAUCUCCAGAGUGAUCCCUGGGGGCGUGGCCGACCGCCAGGGGGGGCUGAAGAGAGGCGACCAGCUGCUGUCUGUCAACGGAGUGAGCGUGGAGGGGGAGCACCAUGAGAAGGCUGUGGAGCUGCUGAAGGCCGCUCAGGGUUCAGUCAAGCUGGUGGUCCGCUACACCCCCAAGGUCCUGGAGGAGAUGGAGGCUCGCUUCGAGAAGAUGAGGAGCGCCAGGAGACGACAGCAGCACACCAGCUACUCAUCUUUGGAGUCCAGGGGUUAAAUAAUCCAGAACCUUCACCCCUCAUCGUCCUCCAUCCUGACCCCUGACCCCUGACCCCUCUGUUCUGGUGGGAGGAAAGACCAUAGAUGAAAAGCAAAAAAACCAAAGUAGCCUACCAACACCUUUAAACUUCUUCAUGAAGCCAAUGCUGCAGUAGGAUUCUCUCCUCCCUCUUUCCUCAUUUAGUGGACGAGUGCAGAGUCGGCUUGUUGUUGUCAGACAUGAAAUCAUCCUUAGCAUGCUUCCAUAUA